AUGUCAGACGAAGCGCCUCGUAAGCGGUCACGCUUUGACCAGACGGAACCCGAGCUACGAAAGGCCUCCCGCUUCGACAGGCGCUCUAGAUCUCCUUCAUCGCGACAGAGCGAAUCCAGGAGAAGUCGCAGUCCGCUCACAAAAGCCAGUCAGAGUCCUGCAGCCAGUGAAAAACGGAGCACCCCUCUGGAUCCUGCGGCUGCCGCGGCCGCGGCCGCGGCAAAGAUCAAUGCUGAGUUGCAGGCUCGCAAGGGCAUCCAGCAUGUCGAGGUCCCUCCAGUUCGAUCAUCAUCGACACCCACUCCUGUUCCUACGCCUGCUACUCCUUCCUCCGGUCACAGCGCAGCCAAAGUCGACGGCGAGAUCUACAUUGCAGAUGGUGACUAUAUCAAGGACAUUGAAGUCAAUGACUUGCGCAACCGCUACACGUUGACAAAAGGCUCUACACAAAAGAUGAUCAAAGAAGAGACAGGAGCUGACGUCACAACCCGCGGCUCCUACUAUCCGGACAAGACCAUGGCCACGGCAGCAAAUCCGCCAUUGUAUCUUCACGUCACUAGCACCUCCAAGGCUGGGCUCGAGAAAGCAAUCGCAAAGAUUGAGGAGCUGAUGAAGCAAGAACUCCCCAACCUUGUUGAUGAAAGACGCUUCCGCCGACGAGAGCCAGAACAAUUCGAACGGGAUGAGUUUGGCAGGAGAAAAUGGCCUGAAGAAAGGAUCCCCAUCGACAUGGAAAAUAUCCCGGGCUUCAACCUUCGUGCACAGGUGGUCGGUCAAGGCGGCGCCUACGUGAAGCACAUCCAACAAGAAACUGGAUGUCGCGUUCAGAUCAAAGGCCGUGGGUCCGGCUUCAUGGAACACAGUACCGGGCAAGAGUCCGAUGAGCCAAUGUAUCUCCAUGUCGCCGGUCCUCAACCUGCUCAAGUUCAGAAAGCCAAAGAACUCUGUGAGGAUCUGCUUGCUAACGUUCGCGUCAACUUUGAACACUUUAAAGCGAACCCACCGCCGCCGAGAAUGGAGUCAUACACCGAUGGUUAUGGAGCUGAUGCCAAUCGCAGUUCGUAUGGCGGACACGGAAGAGACCGGGGUCGCGACAGCAGUUACUCACAUAGCAGCAACCACUACAACUCUCCCUACACCGGUGCACCAUCCACCCCUGCGCCUGGAACCGUCUCUUCACCGACGGACUACGCCGCACAAUAUGCUCAAUACUAUGCAAAUCAACCAGGAGGCGACCCGUAUGCUGCGUAUGGUGGCUAUCAGAACUACCUCGCCUAUUAUCAAUACUAUCAGCAACAGGCAGCUGCCGCUCAACAGCAGUCUCCACCCCCACCACCGCCGGCAGAUUCGAAUCCGCCGCCUCCUCCAGCUGACAGCGGUGCUGCACCACCUCCGCCACCUCCAUCUAGUGGCUAUUCUGCAGUACCGCCACCUCCAGGUUUAUGA